AUGGGUGACGCUGUACAAGAAAUCAAUGGAUUCGUCCCAGCCGCAGUUAUCAAAAACAUCGAUCUGAGCGCCAUCUUCUCCGAAAACGUCCUCGCCAAAAUCAUCCAAGUAGCACAACGAGGCCUAAAGCAAGCAGCCCCCUUAACCUCCUACCCCCACACAGUACCCCAAACAGGACCCAAUGCAGGCCGCUACGAAGAACGCGAAGCCCUCUUCUGGACCUGCGGUUUCUUCCCCGGCAGCAUCUACACCCUGCUAGAACGCACUAUGAAAUACCCACAAGCCCUGUCGUUACCCCCGCAGUUACGCCCUACAAUGCAAGAAUACCUCUUGAAACUCGGCCGUCACUACAGCGUAGCCAUAGCGCAAAUGUCCAGCCGAACAGACACCCACGACAUGGGCUUCAUCGUGCAACCCGCCCUGCAGCGCGACUGGGAACUAACAGGCAACAAAGCGAGUCUCGCUGCCGUCGUGAAUGCCGCCGAGGCACUCGCAUCGCGGUACGAUGAGCGCGUGCAGGCAAUUCGAAGUUGGGACGUCGCAAUCAACGACCGCUACAGCAUCACCAACAUGCAAGAAAACUUUCUUGUAAUCAUAGACAGCAUGUGCAAUCUCGACCUCCUCUACUUCACCGCCCACGCCACCUCUUCACCCCAUCUCUCACACAUAGCAACUACACAUGCUAAUCGCAUAACCCACGAAAUCCUACGCGAAGACUACUCGUCGUACCACCUCGUCAAUUUCUGUCCCCGCACCGGCCUCGUGCAGGCCAAAAUGACGAAUCAGGGCCACGCGGAUGCAUCGACGUGGAGCCGCGGACAGGCCUGGUCGGUAAUGGGCUUCGCGCAGACGUAUGCGUGGACGAAAGAGGCAAAGUUUUUGAGUACCGCAAUUGGGUGUGCGCGGUAUUUUCUGGCGAGGUGUGGCGAGGGCAAAGGGAAAUGGGCGUGUGAGUUGGUGCCCAGGUGGGAUUUUGAUGCUCCGGUUGGGAAAGGAGAAGAGCAGGAAGAAGUGGAUAGUCCAAGGGGGCCGCUCAGAGAUGUCUCUGCGGGUGUGAUUGCGGCGAAUGGGUUACUGAUUAUACAUCAAGCACUGCAGGGGUUGGAUGCUCAGACUGCGGCCGACAUGGCGGGUGGAGUCGAUUUUCUGGAGACUGCGCUGCAGAUUGUGGCGCAGACGAUUGAGUAUGCGUAUGAUGCGGAUUUGGCGUUGUUUGAGCUGCGCGGCGAGGGAAAGGUGAAUGGGGGUGCGAGUGGUGGGGACAAUGUGGUGAUCAAGGAAUCGUCGUUUGAUGGGAUACUGCGACACAGUACGACGAAUUGGAAUGAGCAUGCGCACCAAAAGUACAAGGAUCACGGGCUUGUGUACGCGGAUUACUAUUUGCUGGAAUUUGGGAACAAGCUGUUGAGGGCAGGGUUAAUUUAG